AUGGUGAUACAGAAGUAUGAAGACAAAGUCAUGGAACUCAAUAAAAAUGUUAUGGAGGAGGUUAGGCAAAAGAUGGAAAUAUCUAUUGAAAUCAAAGAGCAUGAACAAUCUGGUAUUUAUGUAGAAAACGAUGAAAUGUCAAAUAAUAUAGAUAAUGUGGUAUGCCCGAAAAUAUUUACGAUUGGAUGUCCGACGGAAAGUAACAACUUUAAUCACAGUGAGAACAAUUUGACGAGUCACUUUGAUAAUGUGUCUCUAGCUGAAGCAGUGCAAGACCAAAACUUUUCAGUUAUACCUUCAUCCAACGAAAAUGAGGAGGCAACAAUUCAGUCUGCGGAUAAACCACCGGGAGGAAAAAAUCAUAAAAAAUGGAUCGUACUUAUAGCUGCAUUCACAACUAUUGGAAUAGCUACUGGGUUUCCUUUUAAUAUGUCUGUGCUGUAUGUCGAAUGGUUGAAUGAAUUUGGAAAAUCAAAUUCAGAAACAGCAUUAGUACAGUCUGUGUGUACUGGUUUGUUUUUAAUUGGAGGUUGUAUCUCGGGAAUCAUUGUUACAAAAUAUGGUGCAUUUAAAUGUGGUAUAGUAGGUGGAAUCUUGGCCGCUGCAGGUUUAUCGAUCUCAUUUGUUGCUACUUCCAUCUUCUUCCUCGUUAUCUUUGUUGGGGUUGUCUCUGGAAUUGGAUUUUCCUUGUCCUACAUAUCUGCCUCUACAAGUGUAGGUUUACAUUUUGAAGGAAAACAGCGACUGAUGGCUCUUGCCUUUAUAUCAAGUGGAGGAGGUGUUGGAGCUUCAGUUUUACCCAUUCUACUUGAAAAACUUAUCCAAGAGUAUAGCUGGAGAGGAACUCUUCUGAUCAUUGGAGGAAUGAUGCUACAUUUGAUUGUUAACUCUUGUUUGUUUUAUAAACCAACAAGUAGAAUAAAACACAAACCUAGCGAUGCAAUUUCCGAAAGAUCUUCUAAAGCUAUUAAUUCGAUUUGUAAAAACUGUAACUCACCCGAUGAAAAUGGUUUGGUAAAAACUAGUAAUUUGUCAAUAAAUGACACUAAAAGUCUAAAACGUGUGUCAUUUAGUGCUUCUGAAAUACGCCAAAUAUAUGAAACAAUUGACAAGGACAAAAAUGACAACAAACACAUGUUUCAACUUCUGAAACAACUAUUCAAAAAUAAACUAUUUAUGUGCUAUAUUUUUGCUCAAGCUUUGGUUGUGGCAGCAUUUAAUUCAGUACUGAUAUUUUUCAUUGACUUCUAUCAGUUGAACGGACUCUCUAGAAGUGAAGCUGUUAAUAUUUAUUUAUAUAUGAACGUAACUAGUACAUUAUUUAGGUUCGUACCGGGUAUCCUCAAGCAAAUACCUCAUGUAAGUGUUAUAUCGAUUCCAGCUUUCAGUGCGUUAGUUGGUGCUAUAGCUAUUGCCAUGUUUCCUUUAGUGCCUCCGUCCUAUACAUCAUUUAUACUUGUUGCGUGUUUAUAUGGUAUUGGUUUAGGUGGGAUGGUUACUGUACUUGGAAUUUCUAUCAUCAAACUUGCUGGAGAGGAAAAUUAUUCAACUGCUCUUGGAAUGUCUAUGACAUGUUCUGGAAUAAUGAAUGCAGCAGCUGGACCUAUAUCAGGGUUUAUACGAGAUACAACUGGAAAUUACGACAUGUCAUUUUUCUGUGCUGCUGCAACGCUGUUCAUGGCCUCUGUCUUCUUCUUCAUAACAUUGAUAGCCAGGUAUUAUAGUGGAAAUAAUAAAAAUUCCAGAUUUGACUUUGAACUUGUUAUCAGAAGGAAGUCUAGAAGAAGGUCCAGCAUUUUACCAUGGAGAAAAAAGUCGGUAGAUUUAAGUGGAUAAAUUCUCAAGUUAUAUUAAUUUGUGAAUAAUAAUUUCAAU